AUGCCAAACUCAGGGGCUACUGACGGUGGUGACACUGCAACGGGAAUGAGAGGUCAGCUACUUCUAUCCUUAGUACACCCUUUGCCGCAAGCUGCUGGAAUGCUAGCAAGCCCUGGCGAUUGGCUCUGCCCCUCGUACUGUACGUGUGCGAGUGUGUGUUUUUUCUCAGACACACGCCUGUCUAAGCGCAAGUCGAUAGACACGGCAUCUUCAGGGGACGUGGCGAGCUUAGCCGCAGAGGCUGUAGCGAAGCGGGGCAGGCGUCCUACCAGCGGAGCAAAGAGCCCUGGCGUGGGAACGGCCGUUCCAUACGUUGUGGAAUCAGCUGUUAAUGGCCAUCCGCAUCUGCCCCCGAGGCUGAGCCACCUCCCAGUGCAUAGAGGCUCAGACUCCGAAAGCAGAGAAGCCAUUAUUCGAUCGGAGAUACCAAAGUCUGUCGUGAAGGUGUUUUGCACGCAUUGCGAGCCAAACUACAGCCAGCCCUGGACUACCCGGCGUCAGACGAGCUCUACGAGCACAGGCUUCGUGACGGUGGACGCUGGGGGUUCACACUGCAUCUUGACGAAUGCCCACUCAGUGGAUAAUGCAGCAGUCGUCCAGGUGCGCGCUUGUAGCUGCCCUUAA